UGAACACAUUUAUUAUUCACAGAAUUUUUCAUUUUUGGAAGUAUCCUCUAUUUUAGGCCAAAUUUUUAUUCCAAUUUUUUGGAAGAUAAUCCGAAAAGUUGCGUGUUUCAAUAUUCGUCGGCAACAAUUGCGGGUAGUAAUGGAUUCGGGAAAAUUUACCGAUACUAAACUUUUUUUUUAUUUCCAAACGAUAAACUCAUCGUUCAAUUUGUUUUAAUAAUAAAAUCUUCACUUUUUUGUUUGAAGUUUUUUGGUUGUAUUGUGGCACAUGUUCGGGGCUGAUAUCCGGCCCCUGCGAUCAGCUUUUUAUGCUUGAUGCUGCCAACGUCCCAUCCUAGUAGCAGCAUUCCCGAUUCGUGUAUAGCAGAAUGUCCAAUAAUACGCUCGCUAACUGGAUCCCGAUAAUUCAAAUAAUCUAAUGCCAUUUCUCCUUUCAGACUACGAGCGUGCAAUUUUAGCUUUUAUACUAGCGUAUGGAAAUGGGAUGUGCGGUGGUGUUGCGUUUCAUCCAGGCAUCGUUGGCAACAGUUACAAGUGACAGUCAAAUUCGUGAAAUUGCAGCAGGCGCUUGUAUACGGCCUGCGACGCACGACGCACGCGCAUUCGAUGUCGUACAGUCUGGACGGAAAAUCGUUCUCUGGCGCGUCGUCCGUCCAACACUACUUACCCGUGUAUAUUUAUAAAGAGAGAAAUUUUAAAAACAAUUGGAAACCCGAUGGCUCCUGUAAAGAGUUUCUGGCAGCGAACUUGUUUUCAGAAAUGGUACUUGUCUUGAGUCACUACCGCAACUUUAGAUUAGUUUUCACUGUCAACUAAUUUUUUUUGGUGAACUGUACGGACAAAGACAAGUUGCCCAUGGUGGUUAUCCCCAUGCGACCAUCUCUAGCGACAAUAAUUCGCCCAAUAUGAACAGUAUUUUGUCUGUGUCGAAGUAAUGAUCAAUAAAUUUGUAGAACUGGUAAAGUUUUAGCAGUGCAUUUAUCCUUAGUGAAACUAUAAAAUGGAUUUCCAAAACCGUCCGGGAGGUAAAACCGGAGGUGGCGGGGUCGCAUCUUGGUCAGAAAACAAUCGUGAUCGUCGAGAACGACUCCGUCAACUUGCUCUUGAAACGAUCGAUCUCAACAAAGAUCCAUAUUUUAUGAAAAAUCAUUUGGGGUCGUACGAGUGUAAAUUAUGUUUGACUCUACACAACAAUGAAGGCAGUUAUCUUGCUCAUACUCAGGGCAAAAAGCAUCAAGCAAAUUUGGCUCGAAGAGCUGCCAAAGAAGCUAAAGAAGCACCGCAAACUCUUGCUCCUGAGAAACCAAGAGUAGAACCUAAAAAAUUCGUGAAAAUUGGACGACCGGGUUACAGAGUUACUAAACAAAGGGACCCGGAAACUGGCCAACAAAGCUUACUUUUCCAAGUUGACUAUCCUGAAGUAGCGGACAAUGUUAUUCCUCGUCACAGAUUUAUGUCCGCUUAUGAACAACGUGUCGAACCUCCUGAUCGUAAAUGGCAAUAUUUGUUAUUUGCUGCUGAACCUUAUGAAACUAUUGCUUUUAAGGUUCCAAGCAGAGAAGUCGAAAAAGCGGAGGGAAAGUUUUGGACCCAUUGGAAUAAAGAUACAAAGCAAUUCUUUUUACAAUUUGCUUUCAAAAACGAGAAACCUUCGGUUGGAAAAGUACCACCGCCACCGGUACCUCUUAUCAGACCGGGUCUUGGUCCCCCAAUGAUGCCAGUUCCUCCACCACCAAGACCUCCGAUGUUCAACCCUGUUCCUCCACCACCAGCAUUAUUGGCUACAGGAAUGCAAAUUCCUCCUCCACCCCCUCACUUGGCAUAAAAAUACCAAAUCCGUCACUUAAACUGCCCCAAUAUACUAGUUAUACGAAUCUACAUUCAAACAAUGUGAGCUUAGACGAGCUCGAAACUUUUAUAAUAGAACAAUAAAGAUAACUGCUGAAGUA